AUGGCGCCAGCGGCCUCCACACUCCCGCAGAAACGCAAGUCCGACGCGGAUGGGACGCCAGAUGACAGUGUAGUGCAGAUUCUGCCGCUGGGCGCGGGGCAGGAGGUGGGGCGCUCCUGCAUCAUCGUGCGCUAUUGCGGCAAGACGGUGAUGCUGGACUGCGGAGUGCACCCCGGCUUCUUCGGGAUCGCCUCGCUGCCCUUCUUUGACGAGGUGGACCUGUCCGAGGUGGACGCCAUGCUGGUCACACACUUCCACCUGGACCACUGCGCUGCGGUGCCCUACGUCACCGGCCACACCAGCUUCCGGGGCCGCGUGCUCAUGACGCACCCCACCAAGGCCAUCGUGCACACGCUGCUCAAGGACUUUGUCAAAGUCAGCAAGGGAGGCUCAGGCGAGGGCCUGUACAGCGAGCGCGACCUGGACGCCGCCAUGGAGCGCACCGAGGUCAUCGACUUCCACCAGACUGUGGACCUGGAUGGCAUCCGCGUCACCGCGUACCGAGCGGGGCACGUGCUGGGCGCCGCCAUGUUCAUGGUGGAGGUUGGCGGCAUGCGGCUGCUGUACACGGGCGACUACUCGCGCAUCCCUGACCGCCACAUGCCCGCCGCCGACCUGCCCGCCCAGCGCCCGCACAUUGUGGUGGUGGAGAGCACGUAUGGCGUGUCGCGCCACCUGCCGCGCGAGGAGCGCGAGCAGCGCUUUGUGCAGCGCAUACACACCGCGGUGGCACGCGGAGGGCGCGUGCUGCUGCCGGUCGUGGCGCUGGGGCGGGCCCAGGAGCUGCUGCUCAUCCUGGAGGAGUACUGGGAGCGGCACCCGGAGCUGCAUGGGGUGCCCAUCUACCAGGCUAGCGGUCUGGCGCGUCGCGCCAUCAGCGUGUACAAGGCGUACAUCGAGAUGAUGAACGAGGACAUCAAGCGCGCCUUCACCGUGGCCAACCCCUUUGAGUUCAAGCACAUCUCCCACCUCAAGUCAGCGGCGCACUUUGAUGAUAGCGGCAUGUCCCGGGAGCUCUUUGAGGCAUGGUGCGAGGACGCUCGCAACUGUGUGGUGAUUGCCGACUUUGCGGUACAGGGCACGCUGGCUCGCGACAUUCUGGGCAACCCGUCAGAAGUGAUGACGCGCAAUGGAGUCAAGGUGCCUCUGCGCAUGCAAGUGGAUGCUAUCUCCUUCUCCGCUCAUGCCGACUUCCCUCAGACCAGCGAGUUCCUGGAUGCGCUGCAGCCGCCGCACGUGGUGCUGGUGCAUGGCGAGGCCACAGAGAUGGGGCGGCUGAAGAAGGCGCUGGAGCAGCACGCGGCGGCACUCAACAUCCCACGCGCCCUCUACAUGCCUAAGGUCACGCAGCCGGUGCUGAUUGAGCACCGCACGGAGCGCACGGCCAAGGCGGUGGGGCGGCUGGGAGAGAAGGCGCCAGCGCAGGGCGCGGCGGUGCGCGGCCUGCUGGUGCAGUCUCGCGGCGGCGCACGCACGCUCAUGCACCACGAUGACCUGCCCCGCUUCACCAAGCUGCACCCAGGGCGCGUGGUGCAGCGGCAGGCUAUGCCCCUGCACCGCCCCUUCUCAGAGGUGCGGCUGGCGCUAGAGAUGAUGUUUGAAGGCACGCAGGGUGCGGGAGACCUGGGGCGCGUGGAUGCUGCUGGAGGGUCACCGACCAAGGGCGGCCAGAUUCUGCGCAUCGGCGACGCAGUCACGCUGACCUACCAGCCAGUCGAGGCGGCCAGCGGCGCCAGCAGCGGCCACGCAAUCUUGGAGUGGUGCGGUGGCAGCGAUGCCGACAUGGUGGCGGAUGCUGUGGUAGCUGUGGUGCUGCAGGCGGCGGGCCAGCCGCCCGGCCUGCCCGCUAUCGAGGUGCAGCGGCACCAGGCGCUCAAGGCUGGGGACCUGGAGGCGGUGGCCGCCGCCGAGUUGGGCAUCAUCACAGCCCUGCUGAACGCGCAGUUUGGGCCGGCGCGGUUGGAUGCAGAUCAGGGCCUGGUGUUUGUGGAGGUGAAUGGGCAGCACGUGGUGAUCAACCCCAAGAGCGGCAAGGUGCAGUGCGCAGACGCAGAGCUGCGGGGGCGCGUGGAGCGGGCGCUGGAGCGCAUGCACAUGGCGCUGCAGCCCUGCGACGUCAGCGACAUCUAG